AGGGAUGCUGCAAUACUCGUGUACAGAGAGCAACACAACAUACGCUUCAAGUGUCAGGAUUUCAAUUUAGUGCGAAUUUUUUUCCCUUCGGAAAUGUUUACGUUGCAGAUAAUUGCAGCUGUGGGAUUGAUCUCCGUGUCAAUUGACGCUCAGUUCUACAUGAGGCCAAGACCUUUCAGUCGCAGCAUUCCGUGCGAAGAGGUAGGACCACCUCAAGGCAAUUCCCAACAAAUUCCAAUUGCCUGUGCAUUUGGAAUUGCUGAUGAAAAAUUAGGAAGUGAAGACUCGAAUCCACUUUACGUCAGAGUUUCUUCUCCGAUAUCUUAUACGCCCCUCAGAAAGACCUCGUCUUUAGUUUAUGUUGCGCCGCCGAUUAUUAAAUCCUCCGGGUCUGUUAUUCCACAUCACAAUAAUCAACAACACCAGGAAUACCCCAGAUAUUCCUUCAACUAUGGGGUCCUUGAUGGUUACACAGGGGACACGAAAUCUGCGUGGGAGGAAAGAGACGGUGACACUGUGAAGGGAGAAUAUUCCGUGGUGGAGGCAGACGGUUCGAUAAGAACUGUCACCUACACAGCAGACGAUAUCAACGGUUUCAAUGCUGUAGUAUCUAAAUCAAAGCCCCCAAAACGUCCACCUUCCAUCGAAAGCGUCAAGAGGUUCCUUCCCCUAGUGGGCGGCGAGUUCCACAGCAUCAGACUAAAAAAAUAGAGGACAACCUCCUAUUUUGUAUUAAUUACGGAUUUAUCUCGGAAACUAUCCAUUUAUCGAGAAAAUCUUAAAAGACAUUUAUUGUCGACAUUUAGAUUUCCAGGAAAAAAGGUCUCUUGGUAUUUUCUCCUGAAAUCAAUGGUUUUCUCUAAAUAAUAUUGUAAAGUGCUGCGUCCAGCACAUUUUUUAUAAUAUUUUUUAUAAUUACCAAUUAAUCUAGUAGAAUUCUUCGAUAAUAAUGAAAAAUUCUUCUGGAUUUGUCUCGAGCAUUCAGGGGAUGAAAAGACUCAAUAAGAAAAGAAUGUAUUUAUUAAAUUCACGAUUGAGUAAUGGAGUUCUGACAGUUAUUUACAAGUAAUUAAUUACGGCAUUUAUCUAGUGAUAAUGAAAUUGUAAAUUUAAAUCGAGUGAAUUUCACAGUCACGUAACGAUUCU